AUGAUGUUUGUGGAGGAGGAGGAGACGGGUGCGGGGGGCCCUGUUCCCUACCAUGUACUCCUAGCAGCAACACAAAUCCCGAGCCGGGGCACCCGAGAAGCAUGGGCAGGGAAGGAAAGUUUUCAGGAUAACGCCCUGUGCGGCCACCCGGCGAGAAGGGUGAGCACGGUUUCCUACACUACGGUGCUGCGUGUGGCUUUCUACGCUGGCCUCAAGAACCCUCACGAGGGUUACAAGGUGCUCAAGUUCGACGACAUAGUCACCAACCUAGGCAACAACUAUGAUGCGACCAGCGGCAAGUUUACGUGCAACAUUCCCGGCACCUACUUUUUCACCUACCACGUUCUCAUGCGCGGCGGCGACAGCACGAGUAUGUGGGCGGACCUCUGCAAGAACGGCCAGGUGCGGGCCAGCGCCAUUGCCCAGGACGCAGACCAGAACUACGACUAUGCCAGCCACAGUGUGAUCCUGCACCUGGACGCGGGCGACGAGGUCUUCAUUAAGCUCGACGGAGGCAAAGCGCACGGCGGCAACAGCAACAAAUACAGCACGUUCUCCGGCUUCAUCAUCUAUUCGGAUUGAGCUGCCCGCGACCCCUCCAUCCCCUGUCCCCUACGGGGUUCCUCCCGUCGGGGUAGAGAAUGACGCGUCCCCAGCCACCCCCUCGCUGCCCGUCGCGGUUGCAGGCCCUCCCGGCUAUGACGCCCCCGGCCUGCCCUUGCCACUGUCUGGGCCGCAGUUAGCCCUCCCGCCGGCUCGCCGCAGAGCCGGGUCCAUCGCGCC